UUUGCUUGUUUUCAUCUGUCAUUUGCACGAAGCGGUUGUUGUUGUUGUGUUUUUUAAGGUGCAAUUUCCCCAAAAAUGUUUUCCAUGGAAAACGCAACGGUGAUUUUGCUUAGCGCCUGUCAGAUAUCGUGAAAACCUGAAAGACCGUGCACAGCAGAGGUUAAGGUCACUGACGAAAUUUUCAGAAAAGUGCCAAAAAAAACAAACAAUAAUAAUAAUAAUGUCCGAAGACAAAGCUCCGACUGCUGAGCAGCUGAAGGAGCUGGGAAAUGACUCUGUGAAGAACAAGAAGUACACAGAGGCCAUCCUUCAUUACACCCAUGCCAUCAAACUGGAACCAAACAAUCACAUUCUGUACAGUAAUAGAUCAUUCGCAUUCCUGAAAAUGGACCAAUUUUCUCUAGCUCUCCAAGAUGCUGCCAAGACAAUUAAGCUGGACAGGACCUGGUGGAAGGGGUACUUCCGUGAGGGAGAGAUUUUCUUUGCGGCCGGGCAGUAUCUGACUGCUUUGGCCUCAUACGAGAUGGCUUACAAAUACAAUCAGGAUGAACAUAUAGUGCUUUCCAUGAAGAAGUGCAGGAUAGCCAAUUUGAAGGAGAUGAAGGCUGACGAGCAGAUCCCUUGGGUGGGGUCUGGAAUAGGCAUAGUCGUUGGUGUAAUUAUUUUGAUUGCAGACUACAUAUUCACCGAGAUUCCCACACAUCCAAUGAUUAUGGCGGUUGUGACUGUUGCAAUUGCUUUAGCCGGUUAUGCUUUUGCCAAAUGUUACCGGUUUUACGUUAAGUCCCAAAGAGAAACUCUAGGGAAGGAUCUUUAUGAUAAUGAUGAGAAGGAGGAAGAGGAGAGUCCUGAAACUGAAGUCAAAACUAGUCCGAGAUACACAAAGUCUCAAGCGCGCCAGAGAUAUUGGAAGGGAAAAAUGUGAUUCUGGAUAUCUUCCGA